AUGGUGGCCCCCCUCCCUUCGUAACCCCGUCCCUAUCAUUGCCAGGGACCAGGGUGGCCACCUUCUCCUUGCCCUCUUCCGUGCCGCCGCCGUUGUCAUCAUUGGUUAGCCUUGCCGGCGACAACCACUCGGCUACCGUUCAAUUGUCUAGCCCGCUCUGCCAGCCGUACCCACACGAUGCUUUCAAACGGCUGCGUCAUCGUCAUUGCGCUCCUCCUCCUGCUCAGAGACGCGGCGACCGCCGUCCGCGUCGACCCCGCCAUGAUGAUCCGGCAGCCGUUGGAUUCUGUCCCCAUGUUUCGCGAGGCGCCCGCCUUCCGCAACGGCGCCGAGUGCGCCGGCGGUGACAAGGUGAACGUCGCCAUGACGUUGGACGCUAACUACCUCCGCGGCACCAUGGCGGGCGUGCUCUCCAUCCUGCAGCACACAGCGUGCCCAGAGAACGUCGUGUUUCACUUCCUGGCCGCCCGGAUGGACGGUGACCUCGUCGCCAUGCUGCGUGUGACCUUCCCUUACCUCGACCUCCGCGUGUACCGAUUCGAUCCAUCGCGCGUCCGGGGACGUAUCUCCCGGUCCAUCCGCCACGCGCUAGACCAGCCACUCAACUACGCGCGCAUCUACCUUGCCGACACGCUUCCCCCGGACGUGCGCCGGGUAAUCUACCUCGACUCCGAUGUGAUCGUCGUCGACGACAUCCGCACGCUCUUCUCCGUGCACCUCGCGGGACAUGUGGUGGGCGCACCCGAGUACUGCCACACCAACUUCACCAACUACUUCACGGACACAUUUUGGAUGGACCCGGCGCUCAGCGGGACGUUCCACGGGCGGCGCCCCUGCUACUUCAACACCGGCGUGAUGGUGAUGGACGUGGACCAGUGGCGCACCGGCGGUUACACGAGGCGGGUGGAAGGGUGGAUGGCCGUGCAGAAGCAGAAGAGGAUCUACCACCUCGGCUCUCUGCCGCCCUUCCUUCUAGUGCUUGCUGGGGACAUCCAGGCCGUGGACCACCGAUGGAACCAGCACGGGCUCGGCGGCGACAAUGUCAAAGGGCGGUGCCGGGGCCUGCAUCCGGGUCCCAUCAGCCUGCUGCACUGGAGCGGCAAGGGAAAGCCGUGGCACCGACUCGAUGCCCGGCGGCCGUGCACCGUUGACUACCUCUGGGCGCCCUACGACCUCUACCGGCCGUCGUCGCCGGUACUCGAGGAGUGAGCAGCACCUAAGCCGUACGAGUACCAAUCAGUUCGUACGUGCAUGCGUGCAAAGAGAAAAAAAAAGGAAAAAAAGAGAGGAAAUUUCAUGCAUGCAUGCAUGCAUGUCAAAUGCAUCUCUUCCUAUCAGUUGGUCGAUUGAAGUGUCCACACGCAGUUGAAGAACGGGUGGUAGAAGAAGAGAAACGAUCGGUGCAGUUUCUUGGGGUCUUGAUUUGGUAGGUAACUUAGGUGGGUGCAAAUUACUUUUGCCUCUUUCUUGGUUAUCUCCCUUGGGUGAUUCUUGUUUUGUUCUGCUCUUCAUCGUUUUUUAUAGGUCAUGCUAUAAUUUGUGAAGA